AUGCGUAGGGGUAAUUCUGGAGCGCGUGGUAACCGUGGUGGUUCGCGUGGGAAACCGGGCCAGAACGAACAUAUACCGAAUUUUAUCAAGAACAAGCCAUGGUAUUUGGCAGAAGAAAGUGAAGUAAGUGCCAGUACCAGUGCCAUUAACAGUAACAGUACCAUUUCUGGUACCGGUACUGGUACCGGCACUGAAUUAGAAGAAAAAGAUUACUUAUCCCACCAUAGGCUAAAGAAAAGUUCAGUCCCCGAUUCAGGGACGGCAGAAAUCGAUGAUGCAUUCACUUAUGUAAGGCCUAGUGGAAGGAACCGUAAGAAGAAGGAUUCAUAUGACCUAGAUUUGGACGCCCCAGUACGAAGACGUGACGAGAAAGUUAUUGAGUCGAAUUAUGAUGCGAAAAGAGAUCGGUGGUAUGGGUACACGCCUGAUAUAAAGGAGAUUGAAAGGAAUCAUAAGGGGCCCGAUACAAGUCAUAGGGAAAUGGACGAGGUUCAGAUCCAAGAGAUGGAAAGAUUGGGUUUGAAACCGGAAGAUGUCGGGUUCGAUGCUACUCAACCGCUGUCAGGCCCAAAGGAGAAAUAUAAUCCGGUCAGACUAAGGGAGGAUAAAGCUGCUUAUUUGCAGGAUAUGUCCUCUGAGGAGAUGUUGUACGAUCCAAAAUCAAGAAUUUAUAAAUCAAAGGAAGAGGGUACAAUAGAUCCCAAAUCCAAGAUGUUCCAUCGCCAUUUGACUGGGGAUGCCUUGCAAGUGGGUGUAAUCAAUGAAAGGGUGCGACAAGAGGCUGUUCGCUCGGGGAUUAAAGAUUUCGAAGUCAAUAAAGAGAAGUUGAACCAUGUUUUCGCGGCAAACCCGACCAAAUAUGAACUUAUGAUGCGUACAGAACCUGAACGGAAACAGGAAACUUCUGUAGAACAGGAUGCAGCACCAAAGCGAAGAAAAUUCGACAAGAACAGUUUCAAAGAGUCUUCUUCUUCUUCAAAUCCGGGUUCUUCUACGAUGAAGGAUUUGUACGAUAAAUAUAUGUAA